AUGGUGGCGAUCAAUGGAGACGUAAAGGCCAGCGGCAGGACGAUGAGCCGAAGUAAAAGCAAGCAGUUCACCAUGGUGGUUGUCGGAUUGGGUCUGAUUGCACUUCUAUUGCUUCGAUCGACGGGUAGUAGCGCUGGCAGCAGUCGAUACCCCAGCGGUUCCAUCACCCCGCCAACCACGUACUCCAGCGAUCAGAGAGCCACAAGCAAUGUGGAAUACGACACGGUUAGUAGUCGGAAACGCAAGCCAGAGAGACGAAUUCGUCAAAUUCUCUCAUUGGGGAGAGAAACUCGGGGACUCGGUGGACUUGGAAUCAUUUGGAAGAAUGCUUUAAUCAUUCCAUUCCGGUUGAGCGACACUUGA